CACUAGAGGGUCCUCUACACAACGAUCACAAAGAAAGAGACAGCAAAAGAUCACGCGAAUAACCUGACGUCACCCGCAGCAACAGCACGUGUCUGAUUACGUCAGUGCGAACAGGAAAAGAACAAAAUGGAGGAGUACGCGAGGGAGCCAUGCCCCUGGAGGAUCGUGGACGACUGUGGGGGCGCCUUCACCAUGGGGGCCAUCGGUGGAGGGAUCUUUCAGGCCGUCAAAGGCUUUAGAAACUCUCCUUCUGGAAUGAAUCACAGAAUGAGGGGUAGCUUGACAGCCAUAAGGACCAGAGCUCCACAGCUAGGAGGAAGCUUUGCUGUGUGGGGUGGCCUCUUCUCCAUGAUUGAUUGUGGACUGGUGAAGGUGAGGGGCAAAGAAGACCCCUGGAACUCAAUCACAAGUGGAGCCAUGACAGGAGCCAUUUUAGCAGCAAGAAAUGGGCCCGUGGCCAUGGUUGGCUCUGCUGCAAUGGGAGGUAUACUGCUUGCAUUAAUAGAGGGUGCAGGAAUUCUGCUCACAAGGUUCGCCUCAGCGCAAUUCCCAACUGGCCCACAGUAUGCAGAAGAACCUGCUCCCAUGCCUGCUUCAUCAUUCGGAGACUAUAGACAGUACCAAUGAGAAGCCCUUUAAAACUCAAGGCCUUUUCUUAUUCCAUGAACUCAUCUAAGACACUGAAGUUACAGUGUGGACCUCAUCCAUCAACCGAGCAUGCCAGUAACCACGAAUGACUGUGACGAAGGGAAUAUGAAGGGCAAACACUAUUGUUCCUGUCAUUGCUUUUGUUUUCAGUAUGCCAUUUGCUAUUCUCAGCUUUUGUGUGUCACUCUCUAUUUAAGUCAAACUCAGUUCUGUGUUUUCAUCCACGUUCUUUGUUUUUGUUUUCCUGUUUUGUCAUUUUGUUGCCAGCACAGCUGGAAAUGUUUGCAAAAUCAAAAGAUAAACAAAUUAAGUCAUGCUAUAAUUAUAAAUUAGAGCCCCAAUCAAUUGGCUGUAUAAAAUGUGUGUGAGUGAGUGAGUGAAUGUUAAUACUAUUUUGUGUGUGUGUGUGUGUGUGCGCAUAAGAGUUUAAUACAUGCCUGUGCACUGAUUGUUUUCCUUAAUGUGUAAACUUUCUCAUGGGCCUCAACAAGAUCGUAUAUACAUAUUGGAGAUUUUUAUUAACUGUUCCAUGCCAAACCUUCUCUUUCAGAAUAUAUUCCUUCACGUUUUACUUUUUGAAGCUAUUUAUUUUCUAGAAGUAAAACUUCAUUGUUUCAAGAUGUUAUGCUGUAUAAUUUCUCUAGAAUGUUAGGAGUUUUGAUUACAAAGGAUGCAUCAGAAAAAAAAAAAGGUUUAUAAAUGGACAGAAUUAUUAGUCUCUUCUAAUGGAUAUAUGAGCCAAAUUAGGCUGAGAAACAAAGUAAAUAAAUUAGUUACUACUGUGGUGGUCUUUGUGUGAAAAA